GUCGCGGCUUAAGUGCGACUUCAACCAUGUGUUUCAUGACGAAUGUGUACUCGGUCAUGUCCACAAGUGCGCUGCGCAGGGAAUUUCAUGCACGGGAUUGAUACCAUGUCUUCUGCCGGGCCACAACUUUCCAGCAUCCGUUGCACGAACAUUCCGGAACCGUGUGUGCAAGCGAACCACUGUACCCCCGAUGACUGAGGAAACGAGAGCAAAUGCGAUGAAGGUACUAUCUUCACGCUAGCAUGGGUGCGGCUUUCAAUUUCAUAAACUAGAACUACACGACUUGCCAAGCCACUAAUUUUUUGCUUCUAUGUCGUGUUGCUGUUCUACUAGCAGUCGUAUGUACUAGAAUAGCAAAUGACUUCGCAACUCCGAGUUUGUUUCCGCUGGGUUCGUCCUCUAACGUCUGACUUCGUGUCCUCUUUCGCUCGUUGGUUGUUCAAGAAACGACACCCAGACCCAAUCGGAAUCACUCACUAUUUUUAGAUCUUCGAAAACGUCGAAAAUACAAAGGUUUUGGGGAUUGUCCAGUGCGUCGGGUGUGGUAAUGCCAUCGAGGCCGCAGAAACCCGCAGCACCUACGGCCACACACGACGCUCCAUCUUCGGAAACCCCGUUCAUGAUGCGUCUUGCAGGUACUGCCAUGACCACUGCCUCAUCGAGGCACUCUGGCGACAGCGCGCGAAAUUCCGGUCAACCCUGAACCUCGGUAGCCUGCCCUUCCCGUUCAUCGAGGAGCACCGGAAGCAGGAGAACAACAACUCCGCAGGAGCAGUACAACAACAACUUCUGGAGCUCUAUUACGACGCCGAGGAGCGGAACAGGCUGUCUUCCCGCAUCAACCUCGGAGAAAGUGUGCCGCGGUUGUCGAACGCACACUUCCGGCAUGCGGCCGAGCUCUUUCGCUUUACCGGUUGCCGUGCCUGUAACUCCGCAAUCGAGGAUGGAAGCACAGUCGUCGUCUGCGCAGACGGGUUUUUUACCUUUCAUGACCACUGUGCCGUCAAGGAGCUCGCACGCGGACAAGAAGUGUCCUCCUCGUCAGCAGGAGUUCCUCCAUCUGCGACGUUCACGAAAUCGAGUUUAGAUCUGCUCGCCAAGCGAAUUCUCGCUGAGGAAUGCAGGCCCAAGCUGAGCGAUGCCGAUUUUGCGCUCGCAGUCCGGUCGCUCGGCAUCCCGGGGUGCAUGUUGUGCUCCACGGGUGUUCACGAACCCGAGUCGACCUUUUGUACAGAAGACGGCUUCAUUUGGCACGACUUCUGCGCCCUGACGCACAACUUGGGCGAGGUUGCUGCCGGCAAGAUGCUGGGCACGCACAAAAUCUCCGAGCAUGAAAAGCUGGCGCUGAAGCAGCGCGUCGCCGAUGGGGCCGUCUUUCCGAAGCUCGCGGCCGCGCAUGAAGCGCUUGUCCGCCGUGAUCUCAACAUCAUCGACUGCCAAUUGUGCAAGCGUGUCAUUCGCGAUGGAGACUCGCGCGUAGCAGGCCACCUACAACUGGCGGGUAGUAAGAAGUCGGCCGUUUAUUGCCACGAUGCCUGCUUUCUCCGAGCGGCUCGCGACCAACCCAGCCUGCUGCAGGGGCUUUCGAGUGUGGAGCGCCAUGACAUCCGUCGGCGCUUAGUCGCGCACAGCUCCAUUCCCGAACUCGACGCGUAUACCCUGCUUCUCGGACGCAAGCUGUACAACGUGAAGAUUUGCGGCGUCUGCAAAGUUGAGGUUUCCGGGGAGCAAACUUUUCUACAGACGGACGACGCUACCCUCGUAGUGCAUGACCACUGUUACGCCGAGCUAGUGCAAGAAAACGACGACCACCGCGGCGCGUCGACGCGCGAAAGGAUUUCCAAUGAUGAGGUUCAUCAGUUGCGCUGCCGCAUUGACAAUGGCUCCUGCCGCCCGCCGUUGUCGCGGGACAAG